AUGAACCCCCCAAUCUCUAGCAGUAAGCUCUGGGAUCUAGCCUUCAUCCGCCAUAACCUCACUCACCUCCGCAAUACGCACCAUCAGUAUAAAGAAAAGCUUGCUACAUUGGAACCCCAAAUUCAACGCCUCCGGCAGACAGAUAAUGUACACCGUGCAACAGAAUCUGACCCCACCCUAUACAACCUCGAGACGACAGCGGACCUUGCCAGUCUGAAGGUCUUACUUGACGCCCAAGAUCGUAUCGAGACCAUCGCUGUAAUCUUGCAUGUCAAGAUCCGUGAAGUGGAGGAGCAGCUCGGUGCUUUUCUAGUGACGCAGGGGCUACCGGGAAGCGAAGUUGAGGCGGUGGUGAAGGCGGAGUUCCACAUGGGACCAUUCUGGGGCCUGCGGGAAAGGAUGAUUGAGAUGAUGACGGAGUUACUGCACGCUCAGAAGGAGCAUAUAAGGAUUGUGGCGGAAUUGAACAGUGUUCAUUCUGACAUUAGAGAGAGUGAGGAGAGAAAAGUAGUCUUAAGAGCACUUAUCGAGGAAGUGGACGUUGUAAAGACGGCGGUGUUACACGGGGAAAAGCGUGUGAGCGAGUGGAGGACAUGGGUUGAGAAUGUACUGGCGCGGGCAGUUACGUCGAUUGAAGAAUCUUCUAUUCCGCAUGGAGCUUGUCUCUCUCCGCAGAGACCCUCGGAAUAA